AAUUAAUAUAUGCUCUUAGAUAAUUUUUCCAGAGAUGAAAGAAUACAACACAUUCACAUAAAAGAAGCUGGCACGAGUUUGGUGUAGUCAGGUUCGUCAGAGGAGAAGGUGUCCCACCCUGCUCUUGUCGAAAAGGAGGGAGGGAGCAACAAAGAAGAGCUUCUUCGACAUGCGAAAACUAAGAGUUCAGUGGUGCUGUCGACGGAGAACAAGCUCUUGUCCACGACAUCAUUCGAAAUGUACUUGUUCCUCCACCUCGACAGUGAAAGUGAUGUCGUCUGUCAUCUCGAUGUUUCACUUCUUCUUGGUUAUACUGUCAUCCACGUGCGGUUGCGGCCCUUUGGUUGCAUUUGGUUGGGUUUUUCGAUUCUAUCCUCCUGACGCGCGUAAAUACCCAGUCGAAUUGCAGGAACUGUACGCAAAACAGCAAUUCGAAGCAUCAAAGCCACUUGGGAAAAGGAAUUUAUGGCCAUUAUUUGUUUGAAGAUCGUGUGUAAGUGUAUGUGUCAUGGGUUUUCAUUUCUUUCAAGAGAUUUCAUUUGCGAGAUGGUUUUCUCUUAAUAUCGAAGGCGUUUUCCCACUAAUUUCGAAGAAAGCCUCAGUACGGUCGUUGACACCACACGAAGACGGCGUCGAGGUGCAAAACUGGUCUAUUAACGCAGAAAAUUUCCAGUUGACGCCAAUUAUCAUCACCAGUUACAAUCUUUUAUGGGAAUUCUGAAAUUGUGCUUUUUUGUGGUCAUAUUCUAUUGCGACAGUUGAUGAAGAGAGAAAUCGAAAGAUGCUGGAAUAAAAUCGUUAUCGUUAUAAAUACAAGGCAUACUCCCCCAUAAUUAAAAGGGGAUACGACUUUUCCUCCCUCAUGCACCGCGGCUAUGCUGAAACUGCUCUUCAGAAAGAAGUUGAGUUUCCCCUUUAAUUUGUGGUUACGUCUCUCCGGUGGAAAGUGGCACAACUGCACAAGAUGGGCUAUUUCAACCUUCACAUCGUUGACAACAACAGUUCCUACGCGCCGCUGAUCGAGUACCUAGGCUUGUCGCGAAGGCGAUCAAGAACAGAUGAGGCUUCGAGCCGCCCUUUCUCCGUGUAUCGCAUGCAACGAAAUUUCGGGCCCUAUGUGCUGUGGCGCGUACCCGCAAUAGCUCAGCGGAUUCCACUAUUACGACUGUCAGUUAUGUACUGAACUAGGUUUCUACUAAAGCAUUUGAGCUGCACAUUGGAGAAUGAUAACGGCUCAUGGAAAGUUUUACUUCUAGUAUCGAUUAAUCCGAAUGAUUUAAUAUCGUCUGACCACUCAGGAAAGCUAUUUUUUACCUUUUCUAAUUCCAGAAGGUUCACGAUUCAUCCUGACGGAAGGGGAUAUAGUCUUCUGUCAUCCGCUUUCGGGACGCGACUUCGCUCUGCGGUACAGUCAGGUGUUGGAUUCGUUCCCCAUUAGCGAAAUCUUCAAGAUCGGACCCUUGAUCAACGUCACCAGGGCUUUGGUUUAUGAAGAUGGCUAUUUUUUUCUGGGAUUUGGAUGAUGAUUGACAAAUUCAUUGAGCUUUUUUACUUGAUGUAGUGUUAACAUGGAUCUUGAUGUAGUUACAUCACGACAAGAGAAUUGUCGAAACCUGUCUAUUUUGAGAUCUAAGCAAAGCAGGACACGCACAUUGUGCGGCACGAGAAAGAUGAUGUGCGCCAUGCGAAGGCGGUGGUGGCAGCACCAACAGUGGAUGUGGGGAUUUCUCUUGAUGAAACUGAAAGCGCGCCUUCUCUUUGGUCUUCUGAAGUGGACACGCACACAGUAAUGUAUCGCGCUGGCUCGCACCUGGUUCCAAUUCACACGGUAGUUCAUUCCGGGUAUUCGAUUCGCAUGGGCCCUCCAUAUCAAGUCUACCACCUGCCUUACCAUUAUUUGAGACAACGCAGACCACGUUUGCCAAAGAGGAUGUGGAUGAAGCAUCAAGGUAGUGCAAGUACUAGUAGAACACAACGGAGCAGUCCUCAGAGGACGAGUGAAGAGCAGAAGUUAUCUUCUUUGACGUCUCUAGACCUUUCCGCGGACGAAGUGGCUGGACGAAACCUCACCGACUAUGCGCGCUUGAUGUUUUGUCGCUCAUCAAAGGCGGGUUCAUCAAAGGGCUCAUCGACACGCUGGCUCAGUCCGGAGGCUGUGAGUGAAGGACUUUUCGACACAAUUGUUGUAUCCAAUGAGAAUAACACUACUAGUACAACAUCCACCUCCUCACAAUCACUCACAAGUGUAUCAAAUGACAAGACAAUAUUCACGUCACAAUCACUCUACGACCUCCUGCAUGGAUGUAGUCGCGAGUUCGAAGCGGAGCUUCGAUUUAGCUGUCGCGAAGCGUUCCGCACACUUAGAACUGGCAUGUAUGGACCCGGAUAUUUCACCAGACGCUUUUGUGGGAGGUGAUGAUGGCGCAAAUCCAAACGACUAAAGCGUUGUACCAGGUUAUUUCACCAGACGCCUUUGUGCGAGAUGAUGAUGGCGCAAAUCCAAACGACUUAAAUCGGCUAACGACUCGUCGACCAUUGGCAUCUGUAGAGCUACUAAUUAGACUAGCACUGAGUUCUAAUGCGUGAGCCUGUUGCUUUGUGGUACCUUCACCUUUCUCACGCUCCAAUACUACUAGAUGAGACAAUGAAUUCCACUUCACGAAUCUUCUCCAACGUCUGGGAUCAACUCCAUGAUACAAUACAUCGCAACAUCACCACGGAUUCUUCUAUGAGUACUAGACUUUUGGGGCUUCGCUCGCGGUUUCUGUUAUCUUUCUAGACGUUAAAAAAGGCCUGAGGUAUAAAAAAUAGAAAAAA